UAAUUUUGUUGUGAAAAACGAAAAAAAAAAUAUUGGAAAUGUAUACCUACUAAAAUUGCAACAAACAAAUGGGAAAUGCGCAAAGCAUAAAAAGAAUUGUGUGAGAGUGCCACAGAAAUGAAAGUCGCCCUAUGAGGCAAAUGAAAUUGAUAGGCCUACAAAAUAUUCAGCAAAUAAACAAAACAAAGUGUAAAAUAAACAAACACAACACACCGAAAUAGAACUACAGUAACGCCAAAACGCUUAUUAAAUAAUUGUGAUGAAAGCAAAGCGCAUAUAGCAAUAACAAAUUUUCGCUCGCUAUUAAAUAAUUUGCGCGGCUGUGUAAAAUACAGUAUUCAUUGUGAUAGUUGCAAGCACUGUUAAUUGGAUUAGGCCAGUGCCACAGCGUAAGCCAUAGCCAGGGGGCCAGCGGUACAAUCGGCGCCGAGAAGGGCAGUGCAAUGGCAACCACACAGCAAUAUUCGUUGCGCUGGAACAACUAUUUAAGGCAUUUGACCUACUCACUGGAUAAUCACAGGCUAAACGAUGAUUUUGUGGAUGUAAGCUUGUGCGUCGAUGGCCGCAAAAUAAAGGCGCACAAGGUGGUGCUGUCCUCGUGUUCAUCCUACUUCAAGGAAAUAUUUAAGGAGAAUCCCCAUCCGCAUCCUGUGAUAAUAUUUAAGUUUAUUAAGUUCGAAGAUCUCAACUCCAUAGUCGAGUUCAUGUACCAGGGCGAGGUAAAUGUGCAACAAGAGGCGUUGCAGUCUUUUCUACAAACAGCUGAGCUGCUGGCCGUGCAGGGUCUAACUGCAGAGGAGAAAGAGAAGCCACAGCUGCCGGUGGCGCCGCUGAUAAGUGAACACAAGCUCAUCAAAACAAUACCCAGCACAAUACGCGCUGUCAACGAGCAGCAGCAUCAACAACAACAACAACAGCAGCAGCAGGUUGCCGGCGUUACCGGCGUUACACAAGCCCAAAACGCUACACAGGCAAUUGAGAUACCCCAACCCACGCUGUUGCAGGCAACGGCAACGCAGGUUCAAGCUCAGGUGGCUGCUGCACCUUGUGUGCAGCAAGUGCAGCAACCCCAACAACAACAGCAGCAGCAGCAGCAUCAUCAUGUACAAAGCACGCAGAUACAACACAUACAAGUGCAGACAGCGACAACACAACAGCAGCAGCAGCCACAACAACAACAGCCGCAGCAGCAGCCACAACAGCAGCAGCAGCAGCAACAACAGGCGACUGCACAGGCGCAGCAUCUCACCACUAUCACCAAUUCUGUAGCGUUGUCAGCGGCAAGCACCGUUAAGAAACGCAAAAUAACAUUUUCAGAUGACGAUGACAAUAUGUACACCACCGAAACGGUCGACUAUGCCGUCAAGGAUGAGCAGACCAUUGUUAAAAGUACCGAGAUGACAUUUUUGCGUGGCACCGUCAAAAUGGAUAUACCCGAUUAUAUAGUCAGCGAAGUGGACGAUCGCCUGUCGGAUGGCGCUACGCCGCAGACAUCGCAGGAUGCCAGCAAUGCCGCCGGUCAGACUGUGGCUCAAUACUCAUCCGAAUAUGAAAUAUUAACGGAAUCGGAAAUCGAGGAGAAAUAUCAAGCGGAUGCAGAUAAUUCGGAAAUUGCCAUCGAAAUGAGUGAGUCUCGCUUGUUGAGCACGGCGACUACUAGCAGCAGCACCGGAAAUAGCCAGACAGUGCUGGAAGAUGCUAACGAUGCAACAACAGGCACCACCACCACCGUAUCCGUCACACCGGUUAAAACGGACAAUAAGGCGAGCGGUACCACUGAUUCACCCAAUAAUAAAUGGACAGAAUGUCAGUUCUGCAAAAUGGUUAUUACCACGGUGAAUCUUUGGAGACAUAUUCGCACCCAACAUACGCCCCAACCGCCGCGCAAAUGCGAUCUAUGCAAUAAGAAUUUUAAGAACAAAUACAGUCUGCGGGAACACAUUCGCAUCUCCCAUGAGCAGAAGGUGGCCAUCAAGGCGGAGAACUGAUUGUCGGUUUAUCAGCUGCAGCAGCACGAUCAACAGCAGCGGAAAAAGGAGCGAAAGAAGAAGACGCGCAAGCAGGAGCGGAAGCUGGAGCUGGAACUGGAGCUGGUGCGACCGAAUGGGAUCGCCAAUGAAAGCGAGAUGGCUAUAUGAGGAAGGGAGAAAGCGCAAAGGCGCCGGCAGCGAUCUAGAUAAUUGCGUCCACGAAAGCAAAAUGUUUACUUUGCAAUGAAAUAUUUCAUUUUGUACCCCCAAGAAAUUUAAACUACAACAACAAACAUUCAGCAGUCAUUAGCAACUAAUAUUGUUUUAGAGCAAGCAGCAAACUUUGAAUGAACAAAACGAAAU